CAUCCGUGUUUUCAAAUUGGAAUAUGAGCUGGAGUGACUCAACAAUGUGCUGACCCGUCUCCUCUCUCCUCUUGCCUUGUUAUUAAAAAAGUAAGGGAUUUAAACUGAGGAGGCCACGGACGCUCCUGCUAUCGUCCCAUGACCUUCCAGAGUCCAGGAUGAACGCGGCAGAGCAGACGGUAACGUGGCUCAUCACGCUCGGGGUCCUGGAGUCUCCCAAGAAAAGCAUCUCUGAUCCGGAGGCUUUUCUCCGGACGUCUCUGCAGGACGGGGUCGUGCUGUGCAGGCUACUGGAGCGACUGAGACCAGGGACGACGGACAAAUUUUUCCAGGAACCGAGGACCGAUGGUGAACGUCAGCGGAACAUUAGCGAGUUCAUCAAAGGUUGCGGGGCUUUCGGCGUGGAGGCUUUUGAGGUCAAUGACCUCUUUCAGGGACUCAACUUCCCCAAGGUCCUGAACUCCCUGGUUGCGCUAAGCAAGGCCACUGAAGAAUCAGGUUCCGAUUCAUGUGUGCCACAUUCCGCCACGCUGAGGAUUAAAUCUUUCGAUUCUCUGAACAGUCAAAGUCGCUCCUCCAAAUUGCCACCAGCUCAGUACCGCAGCCUUGACAUGUCGGAGGGAAGUGGGUGUGGCCAUUUUCUGGUCAAGGCACGCUUCCCCUUCCAGCAGACAAAUGAGGACGAACUGUCUUUCUCCAAGGGCGACAUCAUUAGUGUGAGCAGGCAGGAGGAGGGGGGCUGGUGGGAAGGUUCGCUUAAUGGCAAGAGUGGCUGGUUCCCCAGUAACUAUGUGCGGGAGCUGAAAGGACACGACAAAGCAGCUGACAAACCAAAGUCCGGGACGCUGAAAAGUCCUCCCAAAGGUUUUGACACAUCUAUCAUCAGUAAAACCUACUACAAUGUAGUCUUACAGAACAUCCUGGAGGCAGAGAGCGAAUAUUCAAGGGAGCUACAAAGUCUUCUGGUGUCGUACCUGCGCUCCCUCCAGCCCACUGACAGGCUGAGCAGCGUCGACAUCAGCCACAUUCAGGGAAACCUAGAGGAGAUCUCAACCUUCCAGCAGAUGUUGGUUCAGUCCUUGGAGGAGCAAACAAAGCUUCCAGAAUGCCAGCAAAGGAUAGGAGGCUUCUUCCAGAGUCUAAUGCCCCAGAUGAGAACCCUUUAUGUGGCCUACUGUGCAAACCAUCCAUCUGCUGUCAAUGUGCUGACACAGCAAAGCGAGGAGUUGGGGGAAUAUAUGGAGUCCAAGGGGGCAUCCAGUCCGGGGAUUCUGACUCUGACCACCAGUUUGAGUAAACCCUUCACUCGGAUGGAGAAAUACCCCACCCUUCUGAAGGAAUUGGACAGACAUAUGGAGGACCAGCACCCGGACAGAGGAGACCUCCAAGCUUCUAUGACGUCAUUCCAAAGCCUUGCAGCUCUGUGCCAAGAAACGAGGAAGAAGAAGGAUCUGGAGUUACAGAUUCUAACUGAGCCAAUCAGGAACUGGGAGGGCGAUGACAUCAAGACUCUCGGCCCUGUUCUUCACAUGUCCCAGGCUGCUGUCUGCUCUCAGAACUGUCAGGAGUCAAGUGAGCGUUACCUUGUGCUCUUCCCUCAUACUCUGCUCUUCCUUUCUGCAAGUCUGAGGAUGAGCGGUUUCAUCUACCAGGGGAAGAUGCCACUGUCGGGCAUGUUGAUUUCCAGGAUAGAAGAUGGAGACAACCUGAAGAAUGCUUUUGAAAUUUCUGGUUCCCAGUGUGAGCGGAUGCAGGUGGUGUGCAACAAUCAGCAGGAUCUACUGGACUGGCUGGACCUUCUCACCAAACACACACACACUCCUGCUGCACACGCACACAGGACUCAGUCCGUGUGUCACACAUUGCCCUCCGUGCCAGCCACCCCUUCCAGACACUCAGAGUCUCGUGGCGGUAGCGGCGGACACGCCUAUCACACCCUCCCCCAUCCUUCCUCAUACGGCGGCGGCCCCAUGUGUGGGCCACUGGAACCACCCACUACCCCAAAACCCUGGAGCAUGAGUUGCCUUCGGCCGGCACCUCCUCUCCGGCCGUGUGCUGCACUUUCCAACAAGGAGGAUAUGAGCAAGAGUCCCAAAAAUAUGAAGAAGCUGCUCCCCAAGAGGAAGCCUGAAAGGAAACCCUCCGAAGAGGACUUCACUGUCCGAAAGAGCACAGCAGCUCUGGAAGAGGAUGCCCAGAUUCUAAAAGUGAUUGAGGCGUACUGUACCAGCGCCAAGACGAGACAGACUCUCAACUCCACCUGGCAAGGGACUGAUCUCAUGCACAACCAUGUGCUCGCUGACUCCAGCCUCCUGGUGACUGUCACCCCGGGCAACCCGCCGUGCUCCGACCAGUCAGAGGACUCGGAUUAUGACAGUAUCUGGACCGCCACUAGUUACAGGACUGCUUCGUUUUCUCGCUCCAGCAGGAGGGAUGUUCACAUGUUGUUCCCAGAGGAGGAGAAGAUCAUAGUGGAGGAAACUAGGAGUAACGGGCAAACUGUAAUGGAAGAGAGGAGCCUGGUGGACACUGUGUACAGUUUGAGAGACGAGGUCCAAGAACUCAAACAGGACAACAAGAGGAUGAAAAGGACAUUAGAGGAGGAGCAGCGAGCCAGGAAAGAGCUGGAGAGGAUCAUCAGGAGAGUUUUGAAGAACAUGAAUGACCCGACCUGGGAUGAGACCAACCUCUGACAUGCAAAGACUAUUUGAACUUCUGGUGGGACUCGUCCCAAAUGACCAUAAAAGCCAGUGAGCUUGUAGGUAAGAUGACAUCAAAUGCUGUUGGCUGAAGAUCCACCUGUUAAUUAUGGUUUAUUUGUGUUCUCAAACCAAAACAAUACAAUGGUGUACAUGAUUUUUAUGAUGCCAUGUAUGCAAUUUUUAUUAUUGUGGGUUUUUUUUUUACUCUGUAUGUUUUUGUAAUACGUAAUUUCUUUCCCUACUGGAACACACUUAAGAUUAUUUGGCAAUAUUAGCCUUAAAUGAAACACUUGUGAAAAAAAUGAAAACCUCUAUUAAAUAAGCUAUUUGCAAUAUAACUUUCACUUAUGUAUUUCACAGCAUCCCUAUUAUUGUGUGUUCAAUAGUGAUGAUUCCGCAAUCUCACGUCCCUAUUUAUUUCACCAGCGUGUCAGUAUGUGAAAUAAAAUGAUGACUC